GCCGCUGAACAGCUUGGCCGCACUCAAGAACUCCCUUGGUCUGCCCGUCCACAAGUCUGCCUCUGGCACUCACACGCCCGUGGUACCCAAUGCAAAAAACUACCUUUGCUGGAAAGCAGGAGCAGGCAGAGCAGGCAAUCGCCAAGAUUAGGGAGAACGGCUUCAUUCCUGCAGAGCUCGUAGAAGGUGAAGUCACUUGGUUCUACGACAACCUUGGCAUUGACAACCAGUACUUUGCCAUGGAAAGUGUCAGCACCAUCUGCGAUCACAUCAUCUCUCUCUAUGGAGCCAAGAUCCUCGCCUACACCAAGCACUCCGACUCGCUGGAGAUCGAUCUGGAGCAUGCCACAUCCAAUGGCGCCGUCUUCAUCCACUCCAGUCCCCCAGGAGCGAGCGACCCCGAUUCGGGAGCUAAGCCUCGAUACGAGAGCGUAAUUGAUGAAAAGUACAUCGAUAAGUCUACCACUUCUUCAGCCUGGCGACUCGAGACCUACCGAUCCAAGGGCAACGUUUCCUCCUCGCUGCCACAGCGCUUGCGAUGCUACUUCCUGUCCAAGUGCAACUUCGUACAGCCGGUUCCCAGCCCGGACUCCCCCGAGUACAGCGAUAUCCGCCGAGUCUCUGACGCCGGCUUCCUGUCCAAGGCGAGCAGCAACACCCUCGAGAUCUAUCAGGAUGUCAUGUCGGAAGCUCUCAGCCGUACGGGCCCAGUGAUCGAAGUCUUCCAGGUGGAGGGUACCCGUGAACACCGCAUCGUCAUCGGAUACCGCAUGGGAUCCACGCACGGCUUCUUUUCGGCUCUAUCUUCGCUAUACCACUACUACAGCCUAUUCUCCAGCCGCAAGUACGUCGAGCACUUCAGCAAUGAUGUCACAAUCGUAUCCCUCUACCUCAAUCCUCUCCCUGGCUCCAAGGCUCCACCCAUCGAGCACUCGAUCCACCAGGUCACGCGAGAGGCCUCUCUGGUCUACUGCUUGCCAGACAACCCAUUCUUCAAGGCUGAAGCAACCGAGUCGGCCUACGCAGUCCAAGAGGCAGCGUACGCCUACGUUGGCUGGCUCUUCGCACAGCACUUCUGCAACCGUCUCGGACAGGCCUACCAAGCCUUGCGCAAUGUCCUCGACGAGACGAAUCUGCAGCAGGCCUCCAUCCUGAAUGACAUCAAGUUGCGAUUCAGGGAGGAGACCUUCACUCGCCAGUCAAUUCAAGAGACCCUGCAGUCAUAUCCUGAGCUGGUACGCCUGCUUUACGUUCACUUUGCUGCUAUCCACUACCCGAAGGGAGGCGAUGAUGACGACCUCAUUCCCACGCUCUCGUACCAGCGAUUGGUCAAGGAGGAAAUCCUCACUGACGAGCAGAUGUACGACAGGAUCAGGAAGACGACUGUCAACCAGCACGAAUUCCAGGUCCUCGAGGCGCUUCUUUUGUUCAACAAGGCCGUCCUGAAGUGCAACUUCUACACGCCUACCAAGGUCGCUCUCAGCUUUAGACUCGACGCAAAGUUCUUGCCCGAGGCCGAGUACCCUGUCAGACCAUUUGGUAUCUUCUUCGUCGUCGGAUCCGACUUCCGUGGUUUCCACGUUCGCUUCAAGGACGUUGCUCGUGGUGGUAUUCGAGUCGUCCGUAGUCGCAACCGCGAGCUGUACUCGGUCAAUCAGCGAGGUCUCUUCGAUGAGGUCUACAAUCUGGCACUCACACAACAGAAGAAGAACAAGGAUCUUCCCGAAGGAGGCAGCAAAGGUGCUAUCCUCCCCUCUCUGGACGCCAACCCGCGUCUGUGCUUCGAGAAGUUCUGUGACUCUUUGAUCGAUCUCUUGCUCGAGGGUCAGUCUCCAGGUGUCAAGGAGAAGAUCGUCGAUCUAGUUGGCAAAGAGGAGAUCCUCUUCCUUGGUCCCGAUGAGGGGACAGCCGACUGCAUGGACUGGGCUGCCGGCCAUGCUAGGGAGCGUGGAGCUCCCUGGUGGAAGUCCUUCACCACUGGUAAGACCGCUGCCACAUUGGGCGGUAUUCCUCAUGACGUCUGGGGCAUGACCAGCUUGUCUGUACGACAAUAUACCACUGGCAUCAUGCGCAAGCUUGGUCUAAAGGAAGAGGAGGUGACGAAGGUCCAGACUGGUGGACCAGAUGGUGACUUGGGCUCGAACGAGAUCCUGCUCAGCACAGACAAGACUGUAGCUAUCAUCGACGGCAGUGGAGUCAUUCAUGACCCUCAGGGUCUCGACCGAGAAGAGCUGACUCGCCUGGCGCGAGGACGCAAGAUGAUCUCUGACUUCGACAUCUCGCGAUUGAGCAAGGGUGGCUACCGGGUCUUGGUGGAAGAGAAUGACGUCAAGCUACCUAGCGGAGAGAUCAUUCCCGACGGUGUGCAAUUCCGCAACCAAGCCCAUCUGCUCUUUAAGGCCGACCUCUUCGUUCCUUGCGGAGGUCGUCCCGAGUCGAUCAACAUCAGCAACGUCAACAGGCUGUUCGAUGCAGAGGGCAAGCCCCACUUCAAGUACGUCGUGGAAGGUGCAAACCUCUUCGUCACUAAGCAAGCACGAACAGAGCUGGAGCGAAGAGGUGUCAUCCUCUACCCAGACGCGAGUGCCAACAAGGGUGGAGUCACCUCCUCUUCUCUCGAGGUCUUGUGCGGUCUCAGUCUGAGUGAUGAGGAAUACCAGGAGCUAAUGGUCUUCAAGGACGGCAAGCCUUCCAAGUUCUACCUUGGGUACGUGCGCGAUGUACAGAACAUCAUUGCACAAAAUGCCCGCAAGGAGUUCGAAGCCAUCUGGCGCGAGUCGCAAGCUACUUCGCUACCUCGUUCCCUCAUCUCAAGUCAACUCUCCGACGCUCUCAACUCCCUCUCCGAGGAGCUCGAGGGCACCAACCUCUUCCAAAAUGUCACCAUCAGGAACGCCGUCCUCUCCCACGUCUUCCCUGGUGUUCUGCAGAGGAAGAUUGGACUGGAGGCGGCCAUUGAGCGGAUUCCCGAGGCGUAUGCAAAGAGCGCCUUUGCCGCUUGGCUAGCGGCAGACUUCGUCUACAAGAAUGGACCUCAGGCAUCGCAUGUCAGCUUCUAUCAGCACCUUACCAACCUCUCGGCUUCAGCACCUACGUCAUAGUAGCGUAAAGCACAACAAGUAGACGUGCAGGGAAAAGAAGGGGGGGGUGCAAAUUUGGAUUUGGAUGAAUGGGACCUUGACUUGUUUCUCAUGUGGGCUUGUGAAUUUUAUAAAUGUCACUCAAGAUUUCUUUCUCCCUU